AUGUUCUCACAGUGCUCGCGGGAUCUAUUAAAGAUUGCAAAUCUUCAUCUCCAGAGUCUGAAUUUAAAUCCGCGUUUACAAAACCACAGAAGAGCUUUCAGCAAGUCACUGCCUGCACAUCGAAGGAAAGUAGUUGUUACAGGUAUUGGCUUAGUGUCCCCUCUUGGAGUGGGGACUCAGUUUGUGUGGAAGCGCCUUCUCCAAGGAGACAGUGGGAUUGCAUCUUUAGAUGGGGAAGAGUAUGCAGGCAUCCCGUGUAAAGUGGCUGCUUGCGUGCCAAGGGGAAGCGAGGAGGGCCAAUUCAGAGAAGAAAGCUUUGUGUCAAAGUCAGAGAUCAAAUCCAUGAGUUCUGCUACUGUCAUGGCCAUCGGUGCAGCAGACCUAGCAAUAAAGGACUCCGGCUGGUUUCCUCAGUCUGAAGAGGAUCACUUAAGUACUGGUGUGGCAAUCGGGAUGGGAAUGGUUCCCCUGGAAGAGAUUUCUGAUACAGCUGCUUUGUUUAAAACAAAGGGUUAUAACAAGGUCAGCCCGUUCUUUGUCCCAAAGAUUUUAGUCAAUAUGGCAGCAGGCCAGAUCAGCAUCAAAUACCAACUCAAAGGGCCGAAUCAUGCUGUGUCAACUGCUUGUACCACAGGCGCACAUGCGGUUGGAGACUCCUUUAGAUUUAUUGCUGCUGGUGACGCUGAUGUCAUGUUGGCUGGAGGGACUGAGGCUUGCAUCAGUCCCUUGUCCUUGGCUGGAUUUGCAAGAGCUCGGGCCCUCAGCACGAGUUUUAACUCAAGCCCUAAAAUGGCCUGUCGACCGUUUGAUUCGCAGAGAGAAGGGUUUGUAAUGGGAGAGGGUGCUGCUGUGCUGGUCUUGGAAGAGUAUGAACACGCUGUACAAAGAGGUGCUAGGAUCUAUGCAGAAGUUUUAGGUUAUGGACUGUCUGGUGAUGCUUGCCACAUAACAGCACCUAAUGCAGAGGGAGAUGGUGCGUUCAGGUGUAUGUCUGCAGCAAUAAAAAAUGCUGGGAUCAAACCUGAAGACAUAACUUAUGUCAAUGCACAUGCAACUUCUACACCUCUAGGAGAUGCUGCUGAGAAUCGAGCAAUCAAGAGACUUUUUAAAGAUCACUCGCAUAACAUUGCAGUUUCCUCAACUAAAGGAGCAACAGGACAUCUCUUGGGGGCUGCAGGAGCUAUUGAAGCAGCGUUUACUGCGCUGUCCUGUUACCAUGGAAUUUUGCCACCUACUCUAAACUUACAGAAAACAGAGGCAGAGUUUGAUCUCAAUUAUGUUCCUUUAAUAGCUCAGGAGUGGAAAACUGAAAAACGGCGUAUAGCACUCACAAAUUCAUUUGGCUUUGGUGGUACUAAUGCAACUUUGUGCUUUGCGGGUGUUUGACUUAACGCUGUGCGUGUUGUGAAAAAUGUCAAUGACAAUGAUUUUCUGUACUGCCACCCUUGGUGUGUACUGUGAUCUUUUCUCAGCUUUGAGAAUUGCUCACUUGAUAUGUAAGAACUUCACUCACCCUGGCAUUUAUAUGAGUAAUUCUUUUAGAAAGAAGGAAUUUCUUUUGCUCAUUUUAAUAAAAAUAAA